CAAAGAAAGUCUUCGCAUUGGUCCAUUGGUUGAUCCAUGCACGCAUAUACCUAACCCCAUCCGCAUUGCAAGAUCAACUUUAUGGCGGUAAUACCGGCUUAAAAAGUCGAAAUUCAACCGUUUUAUAGUUUUGUUUAAAAUUAAAGAAUGUCGUCUCCACUGAGAACCCCACAAAAACUCUUUCACACAAACAAUUUCAUUCCUGUGCAGAACAAGGUCAUACAGCAGCAGAAUAGGAAGAGGGCCCAACAGAGUUUGAUAUGGGGCACAGUGAAUGUUGUCCUAUUGGCAAUAAUUGCAUAUGAUUUGACACACACUUGCUAUGUGGACCCAUCAUACAUUCAAUAUGUGGAGUGGCUGCUGAUGGUAAUCUUCACAUUUAAUAUAGUGUAUCAUAUGAGGAGCUACAGCAGAAGUUAUGCAAUUGUUGCUUCUGAAACUACACCAAAGCAAGUCAAAUUGAAUGACUCUAAAAUGACUGCAAGUGAUGUGCGAAAAACGCUGUACCCAAACUUGGUAACAAAUUCCUUCAGCAGAAGUUCCAUGGAUAUCUCUUCUACCACCAUGUUUUCCAAAACACCCAUGGAUAUGUCUGCAGCAAGUUGGUUAUCAAACUCUUACAAUGAAAGCAUGUCUUCACCGUCUUGGUCCUAUCAGGGUGGAACACCAGUCAGAAGCACUUCUCCCAGCUAUAGGUGUUCACCGAUCGUAUCGGAAAACUUGAGUAACGCCGAGUUGGACAACGAGGAUCAUUUGAAUCAGUACUUGAAGGAAUACGAGUCGUUGGAAUCCACGCAGAACAUUAGUUUGAGCGAGAAACCGACGAAUCUUUUGAGCUUCUUCUGGAAUUAUCCCAGCAGCAAGUUGAGCAAAGAGAUAUCGCCUUUGCUGAGCAAGUGUCAAUAUCAGUUGUCCACACCAUCCUCAUUAUCCAGCAGCCCCAAGUCCGAUGAUAAAGGUUCUCCGCACAAUACGUCAGCCAAUGCGCUGGACACUUGGAGGCGGCUGAAUGUCGAUAGUGUGGCCCUGACACAGUGGAAUGAAAAUCUCAGAAUUUGGAUUUCUCAAACCAUCCUGUGCCGAUUAAUUAACGAGUUCAGGAGCAUCGACAAGAGUCUGCAUGGACAAGGGCUGACGGAUGUUAGCAUUGGAUCCGUCGGUUUGGAUAGGUUGCGCAAAACAGCUCAAGGACCUAUUUUGCAGAACACUCCAAACCUUCCGACAAUCGUUCCCUUCUUGGAGCUGCAUCCGAAUCAGGAAUAUCUAGUGAAGAGGAUCCGGGAACUAGCCAAGGGGGGUUGCAUGAGCGAAUACAAAUGGAACGGCGGCAGCACCUACAACGGAAAGGACUGGGACAUCUCUUUACCCUCCGAUGCUGCUAUCAUUAUGCAUCUGGCUGCAUCCUAUUUGGACACGCAACUGAUUCCGCUGCCAAGUAGACCAGACGUGAAACCGUUUUCUGGAUAUCAUUUCAUAAAAGCCAACGAGAAACUGCCGGAAUUGACUGACAACACUUUGGCCAUACACGAGGUGACUGUGAAUCCACCGCAUUACAGAGUUAUCAUUGGCAAGGAGAUCUUCGAGAUGGUUAAAGGCUACAACAAUCUGUUUCACAGCAUCUUGCUCUUUUUGUAUCACGUGAAUAAGAAAGAACACGGCAUGUUGGGCCGUGUGAAUCUGGGCCGAUCUGGCGUCAAUAUGCUGUGGAUAAUACAAUCCAAUUAACCAUUUAGUAUUUAUUUAGUAUUAUUAUCAUUUUUGAGACUACUUUUGUAUUUAUGAAAUCGUAUA